AUGGAACAGCUUUUGAAUGAAUUGAAAUUCAAUUUUUCUACUAGGAACUUUGAGAAAACUGAUUUAUCUUCAUUGAGUCAAGCAGGGCUUGGUCGAUUCAUAGCACGGGCACUGGCGCUUAAUGGUGCUGCAAAGGUGUUCAUCCUCGGCCGCACUCAGUCGUCGCUGGACGAUUGCGAGGCCUCGGUGUCGACGAAGAAUAUCAUCCCCGUCCGAUGUGACAUCACAUCCUUGGAAUAUGUAUCGGCGGCAGUCUCGCGAAUCUCGAACGAGGCAGGACAAAAGAUCAACUUACUCGUAUGCAAUGCCGCGAUCGAGGGGCCGACGACUCAGGUCUUACCCCAGACAGGGGCCAGCAUUGCCGAGUUUGCCAAAUCACUGGUGGCGGUCAGCCUCGUCAACCAGGCCGAGUGUUUUAGGACCAAUGUCGCUGCAAUAUGGAGUUUAAUCGCUAGCUUCCUCGAGAUGCUUGACGCAGGGAACAAAGCCCAGGAUGUGGGCUGGAGUAGCCAGGUUAUCAACCUCGCCAGUGUGGCCGGGUUCAUGCGGGUCUCGCCUGGAGCCUUCACCUAUGCGCAGAGCAAGGCCGCCGUGACGCACAUGACGAAGCAAUUGGCUUCGACACUGGUGCCAUAUAAUAUCAGGGCUAACGCGAUCGCCCCUGGAAGUAAGUCACCACUCACUCGCUCCAUCGCCAUCCUGGUUGAUUUCAUAUCCCGUCCAACGUUAAAUAAUAUGUUAGUGUGUCCAGAGGAAAUGACAAACCACUGGGUUGAGAAGAAAAUUAUUUUGCCAGAGGAGUAUCCCGGUGGAAGGUUUGGUGAUGAGCUGGAUAUGGCUGGGGCGAUCCUCUUCCUCGCUAGCCGCGCUGGAGGAUACAUAAACGGAGAAAUCCUACUUGCGGACGGCGGAAAAUUAGGAACUGUUCCCUGCGUCGUAUCAGACUCGUUGGACAACAGAGAUCUGAAAGUGAAGAGUUUAGAGAUCCAAAAUUGUAUGCACCUCACCAACUAA